AUGUCGCAAGCCCCGCUAUACAUCGGCUUCGACCUCUCCACCCAACAACUCAAGGGUCUGGUCGUCAACUCCGACCUCAAGGUCGUCUACGUCUCCAAAUUCGACUUCGAUGCCGAUUCCCGCGGCUUCCCCAUCAAAAAAGGCGUCAUCACCAACGAGGCUGAACAUGAGGUCUUUGCCCCCGUCGCCAUGUGGCUACAGGCCCUGGACGGCGUCCUCGACGGUCUACGCAAGCAGGGGCUGGACUUUCGCCAGAUCAAGGGCAUCAGCGGUGCCGGACAGCAGCAUGGCAGUGUAUACUGGGGGGAGAAUGCGGAGGUUCUGUUGAAAAGCUUGGAUUCAAGCAAGUCGCUAGAGGAGCAGCUGGACGGGGCAUUCUCACAUCCGUUUAGUCCCAACUGGCAGGACUCGAGUACGCAGGCGGAGUGUGAUCAAUUUGAUGAAUUCCUAGGCAGCCAGGAGGAGUUAGCUUUAGCCACGGGGAGCAAGGCGCACCAUAGAUUCACAGGUCCUCAGAUCCUGCGGUUCCAGCACAAGUACCCUGAUGUUUACAACAAGACACUACGGAUCUCGCUGGUGUCUUCGUUCCUGGCGUCCCUGUUCCUCGGACGGAUUGCGCCCUUCGAUAUCUCCGAUGUCUGCGGGAUGAACCUCUGGAAUAUCAAGAUGGGCGCCUACGAUGACAAGCUCCUCCAGCUCUGCGCGGGUCCCUCCGGGACCGAGGACCUGAAACGCAAGCUAGGCCCUGUCUUCGAGGACGGAGGCAUCCAUCUCGGCCCGAUUGAUCGAUAUUACGUCGAGCGCUACGGCUUCAGUCCCGACUGUACCAUCAUCCCCGCGACAGGCGAUAACCCCGCCACCAUCCUGGCGCUGCCGCUGCGAGCCUCCGACGCCAUGGUCUCGCUGGGGACCUCAACCACCUUUCUCAUGUCUACGCCCAGCUACAAGCCCGACCCGGCGACGCACUUCUUCAACCAUCCCACGACCCCGGGGCUGUACAUGUUCAUGCUGUGCUACAAGAACGGCGGGCUUGCCCGCGAGCAGAUCCGCGACGCCAUCAACAAGAAACUCGGCGAGGAGCCCUUAUUCCCCUGGGCGAACUUCGACCAGGUCACCCUGGACACUCCGCCGCUAGGCCAGAAAUCCGACGCUGACCCGAUGAAGAUGGGUCUGUUCUUCCCGCGACCGGAGAUCGUACCGAACCUACGCGCCGGACAAUGGCGCUUCAACUACCAUCCGGCCGAUAACAGUCUGCGUCUGACGACUGAGGGCUGGAACGAGCCCCUCGAUGAAGCCCGCGCCAUUGUUGAGAGCCAGAUGCUAUCGCUGCGGUUGCGGUCUCAAGGUCUCACGCAAAGCCCUGGAAAGGGCAUUCCCGCGCAGCCGCGCCGGGUGUAUUUAGUUGGCGGCGGGUCGAAGAACAAAGCCAUCGCCGAGGUGGCCGGGGAGAUUCUGGGCGGCAGCGAGGGCGUGUAUCAGCUCGAGAUCGGUGACAAUGCCUGCGCACUGGGAGCGGCGUAUAAGGCGGUUUGGGCGAUGGAGCGGACGCCCGGACAGACGUUUGAGGAUCUCAUUGGGAAGCGGUGGCAUGAGGAGGAGUUUGUUAAAAAGAUCGCGGUUGGGUAUCAGAAGGGGGUGUUCGAGCGGUACGGGCAGGCUGUGGAGGGGUUCAAGAAGAUGGAACUAGAGGUAUUGCGGCAGGAGGGAAAGAUCAAGGCGUGA